AUGGCAUUAGCGGGCUUAGACAAAGCUGGGGGCGUUCACUCUCCCUCCACAAGUAUGGCAACAUCUGCGCAAUAUAGACAACUCAUAAAUGACUACGGACCCCCGUCCCUAGGCUAUACACAAGGGAUGCAGGGCACCAGCAGCAGUCAAGUACCGCAGAGCAAAUACGCAGAACUUCUAGCCAUCAUAGAGGAAUUAGGAAAAGAGAUUCGACCCACAUACGCUGGGAGUAAAAGUGCGAUGGAGAGGCUAAAAAGAGGCAUUAUUCAUGCUAGAGGAUUAGUUCGGGAAUGCCUGGCUGAGACGGAACGAAAUGCAAGGUCCUAGCCCACUAAUUCAGUUGCAAGAUUUUCCAUCUCUUCAUGAAGAAAAAGUAACACAUGCUCCUUUUGACUCUUGAAACAUUCAGACAAAUUCUUUAUUUUGAAUGUUUUGCCUUUCUUUUUUUUCCCUUACAAAAAUGUAUAGUUAAGAAUGAGAAAACAAGGAUUUUUCAACUUACUGAGGGUUUGCAUUUUGUAAAGAUGUUAAAACUCCCUAAAAUGUUUCUAAAACAUGAAAACUGAACUGCAUGCAGAGGAAUGCUCUUUCUCUCCCAGGCUAUAAUUCAGUUCUCUUCUUAUCCAGCCACAGUCUCAUUCUGUUUUUUUCCUUUGACUAUAUUCACUUAACCCCAAACUGUCAAUCUUCCAAAGUUUGACAUAAGCUCUAAGGAUUUUUUUUAAUAAAUGCAAAAUAGCAUGCUGUACUUCGUAGUCUGCUAAGUCACAAUUUGUCAUACAGCAUAGACCCUGCUUAGAAAUAACCUUCCCCUUCUCUUAUUUUUCCUUUUUUGUUCGUUUUGCAUAAACAUUUGCAUGACUGUUAGUGCUUUGAAGUCCAUUUAAAGUGCAUGAGUAAUAUGGAAAAUAGGGAAACCUAUUAAAUAACAAGGUCCUGGAAAGCUAAUUUCUACAUUAAGGCUGGAGAUUUCAGUUUAAAAUUUGCCAAAAAAAAAAAAGAAAAUUCCGGAUAAAUUACUAAAACUGUUAUUUGCAUCUUUGUAUGUAUUUAUUACUUGACGUAAUAAAGCUUAUUUUCAUUAACAGUUUGUAUUAAAA